AUGGUGGAGACUCGUCGGAUAGCCCUAACAGAUCCUUUUCCAUCCACACCAGCUCGCUUCGUCGUCGGAGGGCAAGUCGCUCCCUCUUCGUCUGGCGAUGUGUCCAUGUAUCAAUGGCGUCCAAAUACGGGUAAAAUGACCCUCAUCGCACUGCAACCAGAUGUUGGUCAGGUUCGAGCAAUGGGUUGGGCACCUUUUCCACAUCAACGCACUCUCAUAGCUUGCGGUCUCACCACCGGUCGUACACUCCUACUCAACCUCACUCCUUCGACAUUAUCCCAACCCAUGAACCCUUCGUCUUCUCUUCCUUCUGCCGUGGGAACCCUCCCGGCCCAUUAUUCCCGAUCCGUCACAGCUUUAGCAUUCUCCAAGAUCGACCCCAACUAUCUCGCAGUGGGAUAUGAAAGACAUCGAUCAGAUGAUUCCCUUCAUAUAUGGGACAUCUCAACUUCUAUCUCUUCCCUCCCCUCGGAGACAUCAUGGACACGUCCUGCUGAUCGUUUAGAAGGACAACAUCCCACUCCUCGUGAAGGAACGUCCAAAGAACCAAGAUCAGUCCUACAGUUUUGUAAGAAUGAACUUAUAAUCUCUGUAGCUUUCCAACCAGAUACCAUCAAUCAUCUUCUCACCAGUACCAAUAGUAGGAUACGUCUACAUGACCUUCGUUCUCCUUCAACCCAGAAUCAAGGAUCGGGAAGUCCUACUUGGUUGACUAGAACCGUUUAUGGACUCUGUCCAGAUCCCCAUUCACCAAGGAUUUUCGCCAGUUUCGAAAAUCUUCAAGGAAGUAGUCUGGUAAGGUUGUGGGAUAGUAGAAAAGCAGGUGUGGAAAUGAUGAGUCUCGAGGUGGGACAGAAUGUUCAGGCUUUGGAAUGGACCAGCAGGGGUUUGGCGGUAGGAACGAGACAAGGUGGGACUGAGAAUGGACGUGGGACGAAGGAAUGGGUAACUCUGGGCAGUACGAGGCAAAUCAUACCUCCUAAAGGAAAUCUGAAUUCUUUCGCAUUUACAUAUGAAGAUACAACGCCUACAGACGUACUCUACGUAUUGAAGGAAGGUACUCUUGGUAUCGGACCUGUCGGAGGGACACCCAUAAUAUCAUCAAGUGCUCAAGGAGCUUUGGGUCUUACCACCCGAAAGACAUUAAGAGUGGUCGAUCCACAUUCCAACCCUGACCAACCUGAAGAAGAACCAGAAACCUCUCCAGCGAGAAGAGAUUCAGAGGAAUCAGCAGACUUCGAAGACUACAAACGUUCAAACCGAUUUCAGUUGGCGCCAGAGGGAGUGGCUCGUCUUCUGGCCGAAGCGGCUGACCGAUCCGCUUCGAGGGCUUCUAGUCCAGGUCGGUCGAGUUUGCUAAGAUCCACUCAGCCUGCUAGUCCUCGGGAGCUUACAUUUGGAGGUGGGAGUGUAGGCGGGGAGGUCGUGGGAAGACAUGAGGAAAUUCUGGGAGGGUAUGAUGGCUUGAGGAAAGUGCUAAAAGGGGAUGUGAUGUGGACUAUGAGAAGACGAGCGGCACAGGGGUACGGGCUUCAAGAUCUUCUCUUAAAUGGCGCCAUUGCCAUACAACAUCCUGGUAAAGACCGAUUAUCGGGCAUCUGGGAAUUUGUAAAUCACUUACUCCAAAUCAUGCCACCCUCCACCUCAACACAUAGAGCUUACAAUCUGACAUACCACGGUAUUUCCUCCAUUUGGUCCGGUCCUGAACAAUCUCCUUCCUCACCGUCAUCGAUCAGAACGCAAGCUACGCUACAGAACGAACCUCGACCACAUCGACAGACCUCAGCAGCUUGGUCUAGUCUUGCCAACCACCAAGGCGUACGACAAACUUCCGUCCCGACACAUACGACGGAACGGAUUCCCAGAGAGAGGGUGGCGAGCGAGGUAUCGGCGGAUUAUACCGCUGCGGUGGUCAGCGUACUGGCGCAAAGACAGCAGAAUGGUCUGGGUGGGUUAGGGGGAAAGGGAAGAUGGACGGGACUUGGAGGUGGGGUGAAUACUGAGAGAGGACCACAGAGGAGGUUGAUGAUGAUGGUUUGUGGGGAGGAUAGGAAUAGUGCUAUGGCGGAGGUGAACAGGCUGGUAGAGGAUUCUCAAAGGACCAAAGCUGCUUGUUGGGCGUACUUUGCAGGAGAAGAAAGUAAAGCAAUGAGUAUCUUGCUGAAUUCGCCAAACGAGAAACACCGACUGAUGGGAUCCACGAUGGCAGGUUUCAUCUCUCAAUCUCGUGCUGAAAGAGGGUCCGAAUUUUGGCAAGAACAUUGGCAGACCAUGGUUACAAAAACGGAUGAUCCAUAUGUCCGAGUCAUACUAUCUCGAAUUGGAGGAGAUGGGUGGGAUAGUGUAUUGAAAGAAGAGGCUAUUCCGUUGUUGGAUAGGGUGUCUAUCGCUAUUAACAAUCUAUCCGAUCGAGAACUCUCCGCAUUCUUCAAAGAUCGUUAUUCCCGUUGUUUACUCCACUGUUCCCUUCAUGGUCUAGUUUUGACCGGUUUCACACCACCCGCAAUACCUCUCUUACAAGCUUACCUCGAUCGUACAGGGGAUUUACAAACCGUUUCCAUCCUCUCUGCUUUCUUCCCCCCUUCUCGACUCAGUCGAGGGGAGAGGAAAGCGUUGGAAAGAUGGCAAGAGGCUUAUAGAGACUUAUUAGAUAGAUGGAAAAUGUACGAUAAGAGAUGUGGGUUUGAUGUGGGUAGGCAGAUUGAAAUGGGGAGACUUGGGGAAGAGAUCAAAUUUGAUAAGAGGGUUUGCCCAAUAUGUAAUAAUUUCUUAUCGAGACAAGCAGAAGAACAAGUGAAGAAAAAAACUUCUUUGAAUAAUCCUAUCAUAUGGCCUAAUCAACGUACGACAGUAUGUCAAUUAUGUAACUCUCCACUUCCAAGAUGUUGCAUAUGUCUCAAACAUGUCGAACCUCAUAUGGAAGAUGAAGAUGGACCUCCGGACACUUUGGAGGAUGCUUAUGUGUGUUGUCAAACUUGUCGACAUGGUGGUCACGCGGGACAUAUAAUCCCUUGGUUCGAAGGUGAUUUAGAUGGAGAACCACCACAUUCUACAUGUCCCGUCGCGGGGUGUGAAUGUCCCUGUGCCUCACUAUAAUCUUUUUGCUCAUCUACCAAUGAGAGCUCAUCUAUCCAUGCAGAUAAGUGACGUCAAGUAUAGUUGUAGAGACCGGUAUCUAUGAUGCAGAAUGCUAUGCAUGAUGGUUGCCAUGUUGUACUCGU